UAGCAAUGAAAGCUUUCAUUUCCGUAUUAUAGAAUGUAAACUCUUUCAUUUAUGGUGAAGAUUCAGUGCUGGCUGGUAACAGCACAUUUUUUAAAAAAUGACGUCUAAGGUAUCUCGUGAUACGUUGUACGAAUGUGUGACUGCUGUUUUAGAGAACUCUAAAGCGAAGAAAAGAGGAUUUUUGGAGACAGUGGAGCUUCAAAUCGGUCUUAAAAAUUAUGACCCUCAAAAGGAUAAACGUUUCAGCGGAACCGUCAAGUUAAAGCACAUUCCUCGUCCAAAAAUGCAAGUCUGCAUUUUGGGUGAUCAACAACAUUGUGACGAAGCCAAAGCAAACAAUGUGCCAUUUAUGGACGUGGAAGCUUUGAAGAAAUUGAACAAAAAUAAGAAGUUAGUUAAGAAAUUGGCUAAAAAAUAUGAUGCUUUCCUCGCUUCUGAAGCUCUCAUCAAACAGAUUCCUAGGCUUUUGGGUCCGGGUUUGAACAAAGCUGGCAAGUUCCCUGGUCUUCUUUCCCAUCAAGAAUCUAUGACUCAGAAAAUUGAUGAAGUCAAGGCUACCAUUAAGUUCCAAAUGAAAAAAGUACUUUGUCUUUCCGUUGCCGUUGGACACGUAGACAUGAAUUUAGAUGAAUUAGUUCAAAAUGUACAUCUUUCAAUAAAUUUCUUAGUGUCAUUGUUGAAGAAACAUUGGCAGAACGUGAGAUCUCUGCACGUUAAAUCGUCGAUGGGACCGCCACAAAGAUUAUAUUAGAUAUUUAUUUACUUACAAAAUGUACGUAUUUAAAUAUAUUUAAACGUUUUAAAAA